GCCCGGAUUUGCAGCUGCCUGGCGUCUCGCGAGAGGAGGUGGAGGAGGAGGAGGCUGCCCGACGGGGGCCCCCCCUCUCUCUCCGCCCGGAUAAAUUGCCGGCGAGGCUGGGGCGCGGCUGCGGAGCCGACGGGGCGAGAGGACCAGCUGGGCGCGCUUGACGCACACGAGGCAGCCGCUCGCUCUCCUCCAACAGACUCUAUAAAGCAUUCAAGGCCCAAACAUGGCGGAAGAGAGGACUGAUUCACAGCAGAAUGUGGUCGCCAGGGUUGCCAACCUUCCCCUGGUGAGCUCCACCUACGACAUGGUCUCCUCAGCUUACGUCACCACGAAGGACAACCAUCCCUACCUGAAGUCUGUAUGUGAGAUGGCGGAGAAGGGUGUAAAGACCAUUACUGCAGUAGCCAUGACUGGUGCUCUGCCUAUCAUCCAAAAGCUGGAGCCACAAAUUGCAGUUGCCAACAGCUACGCUUGCAUAGGACUUGACAAAGUCGAGGAGAGGCUGCCAAUACUUUAUCAACCAACUGAUAAGGUUGUCGCUAACGCAAUGGAUGUGGUUGUCGGUGCAAGGGAUGUCGUCGCAACUACCGUGACCGGUGCCAAGGAUACUGUUGCACAAACCAUUAACGGAGUUGUUGACAAGACAAAAGGAGCCGUCCAGGACAGUGUGGAGUUGACCCGGUCAGUGGUCAGUGGCAGCAUCAACACCGUUCUGGGAAGCCGGGUGCUGCGUCUGGUGACCAGUGGGGUGGACACUGCCCUCAGCAGAUCAGAGACCCUUGUAGACCAGUAUCUCCCACUGACGGAAGAAGAACUAGAGAAAGAAGCUACGAAAAUGGAAGGAUUUGAAGUUGGAGUUCAGAAGCCAAGUUACUACGUUAGAUUAGGGUCUUUGUCGUCAAAGGUCCGAUCCCGUGCCUACCAGCAGGCCUUAAUCAAGGUUCGAGAUGCUAAGCUCAGAAGCCAAGAGACAAUCUCUCAACUUAACUCCACUGUCAAUCUGAUUGAAUAUGCCAGAAAGAAUAUGAAUAGUGCCAACCAGAAACUCCAAGAUGCCCAACAAAAGCUGUAUAAUUCCUGGGUAGAAUGGAGGAAAAACACAGGCCAAAAUGAGGAAGAUGACUCCCGCAGUGCUGAGUACAUUGAAUCACGCACACUAACGAUUGCACGGAACCUGACCCAGCAGCUUCAAACCACCUGCGUCACCCUGGUGUCGAGUAUACAGGGUUUGCCCCAGAAUAUCCAAGGCCAGGUUCACCAUGUGGGGGAAAUGGCAGGCGAGGUCUACCGGAACUUCCGCUCGGCGUCUUCCUUCCAGGAAGUGUCCGACAACCUCAUCACCACCAGCAAAGGGCAGCUGAAGAAAAUGAAGGAAUCACUGGACGAUGUGAUGGAUUACCUGGUGAACAACACGCCCCUCAACUGGCUGGUUCCGGAUUUUACUAUCACAGACUUGUCUUCAGAAUCGGAUGAGAUACCAGAUAUAUUGGCUUUGGAUGAAGAAGGGCAGCAAGAUUAUUCGCGUGCAAAUGGUCCCAUCACCACAGGUCAAAGAGCUGAAUAAACACCGAAUACAAGAAACCAAAAACUAAUACUUUUGAUUGAAUAAAUAUAUGUUCAUACACAUUUCCCCCCCUAACCUUAUCCUCCUGCUUUUUGGAGUGGAGUUACUUAGCUCUUGGGGAGUAUCGGAAUUGUUUGUAUCACUUUUGCUUCAUUUAGAUCGAUCAAAACUGUGACCUUGUGAAAAAAUAUUAUGGAACGCACAUUAGCGUAACCUAUUAGCAUGGAGGAGUGGACUGUUUUUGUCCUCCGUGUAAGAUAAAUGUAUUCAACUGGUCAACAAUAUCAAUUUUAAGUCUAUAUUACAGUUUGGACAGCAGUUGCUUCUGAAACCACAUCUCUGCUGCUUUGACAUGGAAUCCUGUCUGAAAGAAGAUUUGCCGAUUUCAAUUUCAGUUCCUCUGUAAAUACUUCUGUGUUUCUCCAUCAACAUCUUUACCUGCCAGGAAGAAAAAAUGCAGCCAUUUCUCGUCUCUUUCUGUUUCGUUGUGAUGUAUCUGCAUGACUCUGUACCAAAUGUUUAAACAGGUGCCCUUUGAGUUCAAAUGCAAUGGAUGAGCUCAGUGCUCCUUGCUUUUCUAAGAUUAUGAUGCUCCAGCAAAUUGCAACUCAGUCAGGUGAUAAACCUGUGCCUGGGUUGCGCCAUUUUAGACUAUGGGAGAAAGACCAAACGCUCUUCCAUACAAAGUAAAUCUUUGCAUGUAGAAAUCUUAGCACAUCACAGAGAAGUUUGAACUAGGACCGUCCUUCCUGAGACCUAAUUUUGUUUUUCUCUGGAAGAGCAGUCGUGUGAGCUCUCCACUUGCAGCCAGAAGUGGUACAGCCCAGGGACAGUAAGAAUUAGCCUUUGCAGUAGGGGAACCUGUGUACCUUUCCCAUAUUUUGGACCACAUCUCCCAUCAUCCCUUUCCAUUGGCCAGGCUGGUUGAGGCCGAUGGGAGCUGGGAGUCGCAGGUUUCGCCAUCACUGCUUCAGAACAUCUGGAGUUUAACCAGGACAAUAUGCUAGAGCAGUGGUGGCCAAACUUGGCCCUUCAGAUGUUUUUGGACUACAAUUCCCAUCAUCCCUAGCUAACAGGACUAGUGGUCAGGGAUGAUGGGAAUUAUAGUCCCAAAACAGCUGGAGGGCCAAGUCUGGCCACCACUGCUCUAGAGUAAAACAGAGCCAAACACAGGUUCAGGAGAUGCAAACUGUGAAACAUCUGACAGGGUUCAAAAAAAGGAAAGACGUGUAGUGAAAAAUGGGGCAGAAAAUACGAACGAGAUGGAGAAAGCUAGCACUGAAGUGAUGUUCCUGCGCAAUCCACAAUUGUUUCAGCAGGGUUUGUAUAGUUCCAGUGGUUUGCCGUCAAACAGAUCCGGUAUUUCUUUACGCAAAUCGGAAGAGUCAGAGGAAGCUCAAAACAAGCUAGAAAUGCAGAGAUGUACUUAACGAAAUGUUACAGUUAAAAGUCUACACCGUGUUUUGGUUCAGACACACCUUUAAUAUCACUGGCAGUUUUGGGUUUCCCCCCGUUUUUUAAUUAUGGGAUUAUGAGGGUUUUCUAUGGUGCUAAUUUUUAUAGGUUAGGUCCACAGAUCUGAAUUAAAGAGAUAAUUUGACGCUCUCUUUAGCAAGAAGUGGACAACCUCUCCCCCCACUCUUCAGUUAUGCAUUAUAAGAGAUAACAUGGAAGUUUUAAGCACUAGUCACUGAAAUGCCUUGGAAAUAAAGUUUAAAACUGUAUAAUC